CCGCCCACCCUCAAAGAAACACGAAACGAGGAAGGAUCAUGCGCUGCCGUGGGCUUCUUACCUUUGUCGCUCUGUCUGUGGUGUCGGCUGUGAGCACGGCAUCGACCUACGUCCCCUUGGUGCUGUGGUCGAACACUGGAUCAUUGGAACACCCUGUGAAUGACAUCGCCGGAAAGAACGCCAAUGCCGACUACUCGGUGACCCAAGUGUCGAAGACCCUGUCAUUUCUUCAAGACAACGAUGUUGACCUCCAGGAUUCUCUGAACGCGCAUAGCCCAUACGAAGUGUUCUAUCCGCGCGCGAAGGCGCUGGUGUUGUUCGUCCGCGAUACCCUUCGUCUCGAUGAAAUGGAACAUUUUCAAGGCACUGCUUUGGAAACAAUCUACCGAAAUGCCUCUUCUGCUGUCUCGUAUCCCCACACGACCCGCUCGUCGGCGGCGGACACUUUGACCGCGACUCUUGCCCCUCAUCACUCGAUUAGCCUUGAAAACAUCAAGGAAUUCUUCCAGCAAAAGCAAAUUCUCGGCACGUCUGGCAAGACCGACUUGGUCUUGGUGCUUGUGAGCAACUCCCUUCCGUGGAAAGAAGUAGCGCAGAUGAUUCGCACGUCUGUCGCGUUGUUCGACCAUGCCACUUCAAACCGCGUGAUCUAUGGUUUCACUGGUGACCACACAACGAUCACGCCGUCUCAAUUCGGGGGUUUCCACCGUGCUUUGCAGAGUGCCGCGGCCGUCGUGGCCCCGCUCGUGUGCCCUCCCGGCUCGUUUCUCAGCACUGCGCUCGACAAGCCGUUCUGCUUUACUCACUACGUGUACAUGACCCCAAUGAUUCUUGCGGCUCUCGUCCUCGGCUUCUUCUUCCUCUUUUGCGUGUUCGUCGGACUGUCUGCCCUGAACGGCAUCCAAACCCCGUUGAAGUACCCGUCGAUUGCCCCGCCCAAGGGAAAAGAGUACUAGUGGGGAUGAACUCGUUCAUGCUUUGUUUUAAUUGAGACUUCACCACCAGCUCUUGAAUACAUCUCAAUUUGCAUCA